AACCUAUCGCUGACGUCGAAACAACUUCCAGAGCGAAGAUGAGAGCCCCAUGGUGACACUUACACCGAGCUGUGCAGUGAUACUCAGGAACCGCCAAUUCGACAGCCUUCCGCGACCAUUCAGGCUUUGACUCUAUACGGAAAUGAUCUUCAUCGAAGAAAGCACCCCAGCUGUCGAGUCCCCAAGGGUGUGGGAGGAGCCGCAGUCAAAGCGGGGCGGCAUGGAUCCCUUUCAACCUUUGGACAUACACAGACACACAGCACGACCAGCGAGGCUCGAUCCCCAGUUAUCUCCGACACGGUUACCUCAGCCAAGCAGCUAUCAUCUUUUCACGGCGGACAGCGCAACCGGUCAUCGCUGCUCAAGGGUCGAUGUAUCUCGAUGUCGAUGGUGGCUGACCGCAUGGGAUGAACGCCUGUCUCAGUUGAGAUAGUGAUGGAGGGACGAGCAGAAGAAAACUUUGACUGAACGGCCAACGGAACUGCUUGGCACCUUUGCACACACCCUGCCCGAUGACGUAGCGUCCUGCCGGUUCCAAGGCCCUGCGCAUGCCGACUUUUUCGGGCCCUCCCAAAGAGGUGUCGCUUCGGAAAACUCUCCAGCCCCCUCUGAAGACUCCAUCUUCCAUGACCCCCGGGCCAAUCCCACGCCCUCUCUUCCUACCCCUUUGCUGUACCUGGAUACCGUGGAUGUUGCCGAAGGGCCCGUACGGAAUCCUUCCCCUUCCACGUCGUGUCCAAAACUGUCUCCGUCUCCCCCUCCCCCUCCCGCUCCUGUCAUAACCUCAACUAUUGCUGCGAGCCAAACGACUGGCUGGCCACUCACGUCACGAGUCUUUGCUGGAGCCGAAAAAUAUAACCCCCGUGCCCAGCAUCAGUCUCCGUUCCACGCCCAUCUUACCGUUUCAUGCGCUGUGUUUGGUACCUCCCGUCUUCUGCUCCGUCUUCUGCUCCGUCAUCGCUGAACCCUCCAAGCCCUAGUCCCCAAGACAAGGUGGGGGACGGGAAAUGGUUGAUGCGAGUCCUGUCCACCAAGCCAGCUUUGGGCUGACGGGCCAUACGCCGCCAAUACGGCCUCGUCGGUGUUGGUUGGGCAUAGUUAUCGUCGACCCAUCCCCGCUUCCGCUGCCGGCCUGCUUCCAUGUGUCAGCACCCAAGAGACCAAACCAACAUAUUUGACCGAUCACCGGGCAUCCUGGAUUGACCGUAGUGUCCGAGGCCGGCUUGGAUCGCGGUCAGCCCUUCUUUAAAGAAGAUGGGCGACCCUCCAGCAACACCGACAUCAGCCUCCGUCGAUGCCAGCCCCUCGAUAGCAUCCUCAUCCAGUUCCAAUAUCAGAAAGGAGAGAGGCGCCAUCGCCGCACAGGCAUGCGAUACCUGCCGCAGUCGAAAGCAACGAUGCGAUGAACAGCGUCCCAAAUGUGGCACCUGUCAGAAGUUCAGGCUCGAGUGCAACUAUCGAGAGCCCGUUCCCACCAAGAAAGACAAGACUCUAGUGGAGAUUCUCGAACGGUUGAAGGGCCUCGAUGAUCGGUUGCUGAACUUGGAAACGAAAGUGGACGAUUUAGGCCAUCGGGGAAGCGCCGGCCCUUCCGCCGUUGGCUUCCCCCAUCUUCAGGCACCCGACUAUGCCAGUCAGGCUGGAGCUGCGAUGAUUGACCCAGCGCUGACAGCAGCACCAUUUAACUUGCAGCACGAUUUGUCUCGAAACGCACCGGUGGGUCAGAACCAGUACAAAUAUGUUUCCUCUGUUCACCAGAUGCUAGGCUGGCCAGCGGUACAGCAGCUGUUUGCUUCGAUCCAGGCGCGGUUGCCACACGUCAACUUCUCCUCGCUGGAGCGCGAUGGAGUCUCGCACAUGCUAGGAGUCCAUCGCCCAGAGUCACAAGGGCUGCCUUCCGAAGGCACGAUGCGCACUGAGCGUUCGCCUGGGCUUCUUACGACCUUGACCUGGGAAAACGUUCGGAUGUGGAGCCAGGCUUACUUCGACACUACCAACCUCUUUUACCCUAUUCUAGAUCGCCAGUCCUUCAUGCAGGAGACUUUGCCAUCCCUUUACAGGAGCGGCUUCAGCAACUCGAUAUCCUCGACCAUCGCCCUGCUGGUAUUCGCUCUCGGGGAGGUAUCGCUAGAAGGAAGAGAAGGGGCACCUGUGCACGUUUACAACGGACGAGCGAGUGGAGUGAAAGGGGGCUCGAAAGCGCACCCCCCUGGGCUUGCUUUGUUCAACGAGGCGAGAAGCAGAAUGGGGUUUGAUCUCACGGAGUGCAGUCUGGAAAACGUUCAGAUAUUCGCCCUCGCAAGUGCAUAUUAUGGGAGCUGCUUCUAUCCGAUGGACUUUUGGAGAAUGACUGCCUCCACCUCUUUGGCACUUCAGGCUCUCAUAACCAGCAACCCCGGAGAGCUAUCCUCACCGAGGGCGGACCUGAUCAGGAGAGCAUUUUGGCAUUGCUCAAUCUUGGAGACUUCUCUCAAUCUCGAGCUGGGGUUCCCGCUAACCGGUCUUGAGAGGAUGGAGAACACUGUAGGACUUCCGACUUUUAGCGGUCCUUUCUGUGAAGACGAUGUCAUUAGCAACCAACAGUCUCAUUUCCAAGAGCAUUUCGCCUCGCAGAUUGUCCUGAGGCGGCUGCUUGUGGGAUUUCACCACGCCCUCAGCAACACACCAAUGUCCGCCCAGUUAGGCGGUGUUCCCACCCCCUUUACUUCGGCAAACAACAGCCCUGGCCUUAGCCAGAUUACGAUCCAGCAGCUGGCCCUUCAACUGGAACAAUGGCGCGGCAUGCUCCCUCCUCACCUUCGCUGGCAAGAGGAUUGCCCAGGAGCCUUCCCCAGCACUACUACCGACAUGUUCGGCGGCAGCACCCACACCCCAGCCAGCACGCCCAUCUCCCCGUCCAUGUCUCACACCAGUCAACCAUCAUCGCUACCAGCGGUAUCGACACCAGCACCACCACUGAUGUUCUCCACCGAUCUCGACUCCCCUCCGGCUCAAUACCCCUACGUCGUCGACGUCCAAGUCGCGCUUCUCCGCUCUCGUUAUUACUACACCAAAUACCUCCUCCACCGUCCCUUCCUCUACAAAGCUCUCCACUACCCCGACAGCGUGACCCAAGACGACGCCCUGGGCGCAGCCGAGUGCCUCAAGGCCUCGCUGAAAUGGCCAGUGGCAAUGUCCCCCACAUGCAAGCACAAGCGGCUCGUGCCCUGUAUGUUCUUCUUCACCCAGAACUUCUUUGGUAUCUUGCUGUUAUUGCAUCUGAGCACGACGGUGCCGCUGUUGAGGAGGAUAAGAAGCACGCUCUGCGGCGAGAGGUUUGAGAUGGACGCGAGGGAGACGGUGGGUUUGUAUCUCGACUGGUUGAGGGACUUGAAGUCUAUCGACGGGGGGACGGCGUGGCACUGGGAGGUGGUGAGGGCUAUUUAUGGUCUGGAGGAGGGUUAGCCGGUUAGCUAAGAAAGUACCGCGAAGAAGGGCGGGGGGG